CGUUGAUAAAAAUUGUAGCAGCACGCGAAGUUCUCGUCGCUCUUCCUUUCCCCUUUCGCCCCACAUUUACAUUAUAAGUAAGACAGUUGAGAUAUAUAACUAACCUGUGAAAAGAUCGUCGGCUUUGGGGCAGCCAGCACGUAGGUUUCUGACUCAUUUCAGUUUGGUCAUUUCUGAUUGGCAUACAUCAUUGUUCUGCAACUGUUUUUAUAAGUUUUUACACAUCUUCCAAAUCCUGUGCAGUUUUUUUUAUUUGGGACCACAGUAUAUAACAAGUUAUUGUAUGAGUCAGAAAACCGAAAAACCAGUACUAUCAGGUCAGCGCAUCAAGACCAGAAAAAGAGAUGAAAAAGAGAAGUAUGAUCCAAGUGGAUUCCGUGACGCAGUUAUCUCAGGUCUCGAACGUGCUGGCAACGAUCUCGACGCAGUUAACAAAUUCCUUGACACAGCAGGCUCUAAGCUUGAUUAUCGCAGAUACGGAGAAGCACUGUUCGAUAUUCUUAUAGCUGGUGGAUUGUUAGUGCCGGGUGGUUCAAUAGCACAAGAUGGAGAAAAGCCCCAAACCAGUAGUUGUGUCUUCACAGCUUCUGAGGAUAUGGAGUCAAUGCGAAACCAGGAGCAGGUUUUCGUGAAAUUAAUGCGUCGCUAUAAGUACCUUGAGAAGAUGUUUGAGGAGGAAAUGAAAAAGGUCCUCGUCUUCAUUAAAGGUUUUAAUCCAACUGAGCGAAUAAAGCUUGCGCGCAUGACCGCUUUAUGGAUUGGAAAUGGUUCCGUUCCACCCUCCAUACUCCUGGUGCUUAUCAAUGAACAUCUUGUGAAAGACGGUAUUGCUUUAGAUUUCUUAGUUGAAGUGUUUGUAACAUUUAAACAAGAAAAGGGAUUGUCGAGUUUAAUGGCAGCACUCAAAAAGGGAUCUAUUGAGGGAAGGCUAAUGGAAUUUGUACCACCCAACAAGCGCACUGAGGAAUACUUUAAGUCCCUAUUCUCUGAACGGGGCUUAACUGAUAUUGUUCGCUUGCAUAAAGCUCAAGCUUCCCAGGAAGCUAAGCGAGAUCUGCAAGAAGUUCUUCUUGAUGAUCUCGGUGACAAUAAACCAAUCAAGGAUAUGAUUGUUGAUAUAAAAGAAUUUGCUUCUAAAACCGAAAUUCCUGAACAUGAAAUUAUUGCAUUGAUAUGGAGCACUGUAAUGACAAUGGCUGAAUGGAACAAGAAAGAAGAAUUAGUAGCAGAGCAAGCGUUAAAACAUCUAAAAAGUUACACUGCCUUAUUCGAAGCAUUCAGCUCUUCAACAAGAGCUCAACUCGCUUUGGUUUUGAAAGUGCAAGAGUUCUGUUAUGAAAACAUGAACUUCAUGAAAGCUUUUCAUAAAAUAGUACUCUUGUUCUACAAAACUGAUGUUGUAUCUGAGGAAGUCAUUUUGAGAUGGUACCGGGAAGCUCAUUCUGUUAAAGGCAAAAUGCACUUCCUGGAACAAAUGAAAAAGUUUGUGGAGUGGUUACAAAAUGCUGAAGAAGAAUCUGAAUCUGAAGAAGAGGAGGAUUGAAUGCAACAAUUUCUAAUGUUGCCUGCUGGAAUACAUGUAAUAUGAUAAAAUAACUAACGGUGGUUUGUAUAAAGGAACUUUUAAGCACACACAACUUGUCCAUAAUUAUUUAAAAACCGAAAAUUAA